AUUAAGAGUACAAAUCCUGGGAGUUCUUGUUGGGUAAGAACUGAUAAUGAAACAGUCCCUGGCUUACACUUGUUCAAAUAUUUUUAUGUAUGUUUUGCUGCAUUGAAAAAUGGAUGGCUAGAAGGUUGCAGGAAGAUUAUAGGAUUGGAUGGAUGUUUUUUGAAGGGUGCUUGUAGAGGAGAAUUAUUAGUGGCUGUUGGAAAAAAUGGAAACAAUCAAAUGUAUCCAAUAGCUUGGGCUGUGGUUGAUCAAGAAACUAAACACUCUUGGAGUUGGUUCUUAAGCUAUCUCAUUGAAGACUUGCAACUUGGUGAUGGAAAUGGCAUAACAAUCAUGUCUGACAUGCAAAAGGGUCUUGAGGUGGCAGUGGAAGUCUUACUUCCUAAUGCUGAAAGAAGAAUGUGUGCAAGACAUAUUUGGGCAAACUGGCAAAAAAGAUGGAGAGGUGAGGAAAGGAGAAAAGCAUUUUGGAGGUGCUCCAAAGCUAGUUUUGAGGUUAAAUUAAGAGAUGAAUUUGAAUAUAUGGGGAAAUUGGGUCAUAAAAUAUGUGAGGCAUUGCUUGGAUAUAACAAAGAAUAUUGGUGUAGAGCUUUUUUUAGUGAAAGAUCAAAGUGUGAUGUGGUGGAAAAUAAUAUGUGUGAAACAUUUAACUCAUGGAUUGUUGGUCCUAGACACAAAUCUGUGAUUAGUAUGCUUGAAGAUAUUAGGCAUAAAAUGAUGGAUAGGCAUGGAGAUAUGAUUAAGUUUGCAGAUACUUGGAUCAGUGACAUUUCACCUAUGGCAAGACUGAUUUUAGAAGAAAAUAAAGAGAUUGGCAGGGCACUAAGGGUGAAUUGGAAUCAUGACAUUGGAUUUGAAAUCCAAGAAGGAGAGUAUAGACACAUAAUUGACAUGACUAAAAAGACAUGUAGCUGUAGGUUGUGGCAGUUGAGGGGCAUACCUUGCCAACAUGCAGUUUGUGCCUUAUAUCAUAUUGGGCAAGAACCAGAAGAUUAUGUGGAACAUUGGUACAAAAAAGAUACAUUUCUAAGUGCAUAUAAGUACUUUUUACAACCCAUUUCCAAUAUGGUAAUGUGGCCUGACACCAAUAACCCACCAGUUGAGCCUCCUGAAGUGAAGCCAAUGCCUGGAAGACCAGGUAGAUGUAGAAGAAAAGAUAAAGAUGAACCAAGAAAAAAGAAGUGGGGAAAAACAUCAAAGAAUGGAGUGAAGAUGUCAUGUUCCAAAUGCCAUCAAGUUGGGCAUAACAAAAGAACUUGUAUAUCAGUGCCUUCUGAACAACCCACACAACAGCCUGCAAGGCCCUUUCAACAACCACCAGUGAGGCAGCCUUCACAACCACCAGUGAGGCAGCCUAGCACUGGAAAUGCCUCUUCUUUAUGUGCAGAUACUUCAAAGGUUAAAGGAAGGAAAAAGAAGCAGUCAACUGCAAGGGCAUCAUCUUCUUCAGUUGCAUGGACAUCAUCUUCUUCAGUUGGAAUGCCACCACCUUCUUCAGUUGGAAGGCCACCAACUUCUUUAGUUGGAAUGCAACCAGCUGCUUCAGUUGGAAGGAAAAGAACAAGAGAUGUGGGAUUUGGUGUUUACACAGACAUACAAUCUGGAAGACAAGUGAUUGACCCAGGAAGAUCAAGUGAAAGAGUUAUCUCAAGUGGAACAGGGGUGGCAUUUAAAGAUGCAUCACAAACAAAUGUUGAUCUUGGAUUCAAGCCACCUAGUUUAAAAUGGAAAGGAAAAGAUGCAAUGACUGGAAAUCAACUUCAACAAUUGUCAAAGAAAAAGGUGCAAAGCAAAUCCAAGGGAAAGUGGGUUCCAUAAGAGCUCAAAGUCUUAUUGAUGUGUAUUAAUGUUGAUCUAGGAGGUCUUUGUUUUUGUUUAUUUUGGUAACUGUUUGUAAAGGCAUACUCCAAUUACUGAUCAUUUUGAUGUAUUUUGGGUUAUUUUGAUGUAUGUUUGCAUAGACAAAUAUUUGGAGUUUGUUAAGUUGUGUUUAAUUAAUAUUAAGUUGUGU